CGCCGUGAAGCCAAGUGGUAGCGUCCAGAAGGCGCGAGACUCCAAACUGUUCUCGUUGGAAAGAAAUCGACAACUCACCAAAAUGGAGGAAAGAAUGAAUGAGGAGAACGCAGAAGAGGUAAUGCUGUUGGAGGACAACAUCCGGCGCCUCCAGGCAGAAGUGGCGGAACUGCAGCGUCAGCGUCACAGCUUCAAGGAGGACCUCAGCCAACCAAUGCGGGACGCACUAUCGCUGUUGUGCGGACACACGCCACAAGGGGGCGCCCAUGAGGUUCUGUCCAGUCUGAGGGAGGAGGUGGAGCAGCUGAAGGAGGAUCUGCGGCAUCAGAGCCGCAUGAACGGCAUCAGUUUGAGGAGCUGCACUUCACGCACUCUUCAAAGCGGCAGCACAAAGGCAGUGCAGAUGUGCGUCUCUGGUCAGUGCUCAGAGUUGGAGUUCCAGGUGGAGUUCCAGCUCUCAGAGGUCAAGAAGGGUGAGCGGCCCGAGAAGAUGGUCAACAGUCUGAAUGUGGUGAUGGGUGCCGGCGCACUGGACAACUUCAGCAGCUUCCUCUCUGGGGUGGAGGAAAGCAGGGACCUCUUGCUGUUCUUUAGGACACUCAGGACCUUCGCAGACAGGAUGGAUGAGCGACGCCGCACCUUCCAGCACUUUCAGGCUAAAUAUCCGAAUGUGGUGUGUGUUCCCGGCGGUUGCAGUUCAUCGAUGCUCACUCUUCAUCAUCCUCAUCUUCCAGGGUGCACGUUGUUAGUGCACUGGUUUGUGGACGUGACCAAGGAGGGCAAGGUCGCACCAAAAGUGGACCUGCUCACGAAGAUCCCAAACAGAGCGUUGCAGUUGUUCCCGUCUCGGGCCGUAGACGGCGCCGCCGAGGCCUUCCGCGGCCUGACGAGGCUGCUCGGGCCCGAAGCCGCCUUGGAGGAGGUCGUCCGAGCCGCGGGACUCAUUACAGACGACUGAAAAAUGGAAAUGCCGUGACUCCUUCAUUUUCAGUAUUAUUAGUUAAGAAUGUAUUAUAUUGUCUGUCCGCAUGGGAUGCAGCACCAUUUGUGUUCAAAUAUCCGUCGGUUAAAGUGUUACAACGCCGCCACGUACAUGCUAUUCGUUAGCCCGUCUCAGGUGUUUCCCAUUGUGUGUUAGCAUGAAGCUGAUGGACACGAAAGGUUGUUUUGAAUCGUCUUUGGUCCGUAUCUUUCUUGGACUUUUGGGUCAACUGAAUAAAAGGAAGGCACGAUAUAGUGAGUGAUUCCCCGCACAGCUUGAGAUGGAGAAGAAAGAGAAAGAAGGGAGAGGAUAAAAGAAGAGGGGAAGAAUGAGAGGGAGGGAAAGGUGGAGGACAAGAGGACGAAAAAUGAGGAGAAAGAAAGGACGAACAGAAUACUGAUGAAGGAGAAAGAGGAGAGCUGGAACAUAGGUGAGGAGGAAGAAUGGAGGGAGGAUGACUGGAAACGAGAACAAGGGUGAGAGGGAGGAUGGGAAAGAUGAAUAAAGAUGGAGAAAAGGAGGAAAGGGAAAAUGAUGAAAGAUUGGGGAGGAUGAGAAAAGAUGGAAGAAAAAGUUGAAUGACUUGGAGACAAAAAGAAAGCGGAAGGCUGUUGUGUGUUUCAGUGUUUUGUUUUAUUAUUAUUUUGCUUCAGUAUAAAUUGUGUGACAGGAGAGCUCAGAAUCUACAAAAAUAAAUAAUUUACAUACAAAAUG